UAUCCAUCAACAAUUAUCAGAGUCAAGUGAGUCUGAGUCUGAGUCUGUGUCUGUCAUCUUACGUCUUUCCGACUCUCUCUGCCUUUUAUAGAUGCCAUCAUAUCUCCUGGGCCAACAUGGCAUUUUUGUUUGGUAAUCGAGGCCGUCAACGGUCCCCCGCCGAAAUCGCACGGUCCCUAAAAGAUGUCCUGCUCAAGUUGGAAGACAACCCCAAGGUCGAAGACGAUGUGGCCAAAUACAUGUCUCAGAUGAAGUUGAUUGUCCAAGGCACUCCAGAAGUCGACUGCAGCCCCGAACAAGUCCACCAACUGGUCCAUUGUAUCAUACAAGAAGACAUCCUGUUUGAACUUGCCAAAAGCAUUCGACUCCUUCCCUUUGAAGCCCGAAAGGACGCUCAGAUAAUCUUCUCUCAUAUCCUCCGAUUCAAACCCGCCAAUGCCCAAACAGGCGACCCCUCUGCCAUUUCCUACCUUGUCCUGCAAAGACCCGAGAUCAUCGUUGAGCUAUGUCGAGGCUAUCAGCAUCCGCAAAGCGCCAUGCCCUGUGGAACAAUCUUAAGACAAGCCUUGCAAUACGAUACUAUUGCCGCCGUCAUCCUGUACGACGAAUCGCGGCCUGGUGAAAAGGCCGUUCAAAUCAAAGAUGUGGACAUUAGUCGAAAACAGUCUGGCCAGGGUUUAUUCUGGGAAUUCUUCCAGUGGAUCAACAAAGGCACAUUUGAAGUCAGCGCCGAUGCAUUCACAACAUUCAGAGAAAUCCUGACAAAGCAUAAACAACUCGUGUCCCAAUACCUCGCGACUAACUACCACCUCUUUUUCGAAACAUUCUACAACCCUCGCCUCCUCCUUUCUUCCUCCUACGUAACCAAGAGACAAUCGAUCAAACUCCUCGGCGAACUGUUACUCGACCGAGCCAACUAUGUGAUAAUGACACAAUAUGUGGCCAGUGGCGAGAAUCUCAAAUUGACCAUGAAUCUGUUAAAAGACGACCGGAAAAUGGUGCAAUACGAGGCCUUUCACGUCUUCAAAGUCUUCGUGGCCAACCCUAACAAGAGUGACGAAGUGAGGCGGAUUCUGAUCAAGAAUAAAGGCCGGUUGUUGAAGUUUCUUCCCGCUUUCCUUGAAGGACGGACCGAUGAUGAUCAGUUUCUCGAUGAAAAGAGUUUUCUCCUUCGACAGAUCGAGAUGCUUCCAGAUGAUGUCCCAGUCCAAGGUGUACAAAGCGGGGAGGUGCGGGUUGGGGCUUGAUCAUAAUAAAACAUGACAAAGGACUGGUUGGUUGAUGGUGUAUGUACUAUACCAUGUGCGUGCGUGCGUGCGUCUGGCAUUGAGCUCUCUCUGUUUGGGAAACCGUUCUAUUGUACUAUUCCUACCCCCCGCGCGCAUCCUGACCAUGAUAUGAGAAAUGAAUACAAGAUCAAUUGAUG